GGUAUUUUGGGAGGCCAAAAUAUAAUAACGUAUUAUAUGAUAACCGAAACCAAGCCGUGCGGUAUGUGUAUAUAGGUGAUGCAUCAAAGGUGCUAAACAAUUGAAUCCGCAUUCGAAAGUUUAGAUAUCGAUGAGAGAGAACCCACACCUCGCAAAAGUGAAUAACAAAAACACAGAUACGAGUUUGAUUUCAAAUACAAAUACAAACACAGCCACAGGUUGUUGACAAGAGUUCUGAGUGAUAUUGAAUUGAAAGUCCCAAAUCGAAUGUUGUGCCAGUGUCAAUGCAAUUGAAACCACCAAAAAAGUCAGCGGAUAUAUAGUAAAGUAUCAGCUAUACAUAUAGUGCGCGCAGCCAUUAUCUGUGACCUCUCAGCCGUGCGUAUGUGUGGCAUAUACGUAUUAUCAAAGUCGGUUAUUGUUCAUUGAUAAGUGUCAAGUAUACGAAAAGUGUGCGUGUGUGUGUGUCUAUGUUGAAUACGUCAACGGCAUUCCAAGUCAACGGAACCGCAAACACCGGAGAGCCAGUGCAACGCUAAGUGAACAAAGUGCCUUCCAGCGUGAUCAUGGCAUUACUGAACCAGAUGUGUUAAAAUUGUGAAUAUCUGGCAGAAUCAAAUUAGUGCAAUUAGUAUUAGCGAAUCAAACAAACAAAACGAUCCAUAUGGCAGUGCUUCCAGGGAGGAUUCAGCUCCACUUGCUCCUGCUCACCUUGAUCUCGUGGAGUAAAGCGUCUCCAGCUCCCCAGUUUGUACCUGAUCUCGAUGACAUAACUGUGAAUUGCGGCGGGGAGAAUGGAGCCCCCCUGAUGACGCCGUGCAAGAGCUCCAUAAUUUUGGACUACCAAACAACAACCUCGCUGAAGUGUGAGGCCGACGAACCGAUGUCCUGGUGGACAGCACAAACGAGCAUCGUUUUGGAUGAGAGUAGUUUCGACAACACCGAGGAUCCGGAACGACCCUACGGAACAAACCUGCAACUGAGCGGAGUGACCGCCGAGGAUGUGGGCGCCUAUUACUGUGUGAAGGACUCGGAACUGAACAAUCUCCCCGAGAAGAACGAGCAGGCAAUGAUCGGGCUGGUGAACCAGGGCGGAGCUAGCUCCAUUUACGUGUACGUAGACGACAAGGAGAACAAGCUCUUCACCACCGAAACCAUUCUGCAAGCCAUGCAGUACGAGGACCUGGUGAUACCCUGCAAACCGGCAAUGCCAGACACCGAGGUGCUGCUGGAAUUCCGAGGAGAGGUACUUUCCAGCACUUCUGUCGGUCGAUAUGAUCCGCAGCGGGGAUUCACCAUCGAAGUCCGUAGCAUUACGGACGGCGGCGACUACAUCUGUCGGCCAAAUCCUCCAUUUCCGGAUAACGAAGACGAGUUCUCUAUCAUACCUGUGCGCUUUAUUGGUAACGGUCACAUUGAUAAAUCCGGAUUGGAAAUCCCCAGAACCCAAACACCGCCAUCGGGUCCCACGACUAACACGGCGUAUACGUAUGCGCCAGAUGUCACCGAUUACGAUGACGAGGUCAUGGUCACUGUCCUCACUGUUACUAACCAAUCGCCGGGUAGUGUGGCACUAACCAGUGGUGGUGGAGCUUUCACCCGGGAUCGGGCAAGGCGAAGUCCAGCCCGGCUGGCUCCGAUGAAUGCCUCGCCCUCACCCAGACCAGGGCAAGCCGGCAAGGCCCUUCCAAAGCCCGUGAUUAAGUCCUCCUCGGGAUCUCACGUCAUUUUGGGUUCCAACUUUACCCUCAUGUGCGAACAGACCUCUCCCUUUGGAGCCACCUACAACAUCGAAUGGAGAACACAGGAUCGCAGCAAGGUUUUUCCGAACGAUCGCAUCAUCAUCACGCCGGCAAUGUUCGACCACAUGGCUAAGAACAGCACCCACCUGUUGGGCAGGAGCACCUUGACGGUAUUGGAUGCCCAGCGUUCGGAUUCCGACUUGUACAAGUGUCUGGUAACAGACGCCAAGAACGCAGUACAACACAUCUCCUACAGGAUCAGGGUUUUAGGACAAAACGAGAGCUAUCUAAACGUUUAUGAGCCAUCGGGUCAUUACAACGUAAUGGAGUUCGCCAACAAAACGAUCCAGAUGACGGCCAACUUCGAGGGCUUCCCGCAGCCAGAGUUCCGAUGGUUCAAGCCGGACGGAACCGAGGUCCGUCAGUCGGAGAACAACUUCAAGAUCGAGUCCACGGAGCGGAGCACAACCCUGCGGCUGCUGAGUGCCCAGCUGCAGGACAGCGGCACCUACGUCCUCCAAGGCAGCAACAACUUCAAGACGGUGCAGCGGGAGUACAACGUGAGCGUGAUGGACGGACCGGUCCUCAGCAUGGCGGACACCUACGUUCAGGUGGGCUCCGUGGCCCGACUUGAGUGCACCGUGCUCUCCUACCCGCCGGCCCUGGUCACCUUCCUCUUCCGUCCCUGCGUCCUGGAGCCCUUCUGGCCCACCUGCUCCGUGCUCGAGGCGAAUUUCAGCUCGCCAAGUGUACAAGAAUCAUAUCAGUUCUUGAAAAUACCCCGACCCGGAAAACUGAGUGUGGAGAGAAUUAUAGAGGUGUCCUUCCGGCCAACGGAACCGGGAAUUCUCUCCUGCGUUGCGGAAAAUGUGGUGGGCGGUGAGAGUAAAAGGGCCAUAACCAAGGCGCACGUGCUGCUGGGCAAUAUAUCCGAGAAUAUGACCAUAUAUGGCUUCGAUAAGGGGCACAAAAUCGCCAAGGAGGACAAUGUCAACUGCACCUGCGAGGCACUGGCCUACCACUUGGAUGGAAACCUCAGCUGGCUCCACAAUGGCGAGGCGUUGGAGGAGUCUGAUAAUGUUCGAAUUGAAACGAAUCGUACCGAGUACUCCUACAAGAGCACAGUGCAUAUUACCUCAAUAUCCGACCAAGAUAGAGGAACCUACGAGUGCCGGGCGUACCACAUUAGAAAGCCAUCCGAGUACAGCACACAUGAGAUAGACUUAAACGUCUACGAUCCCUCGGCUCCGCAGUGGGUGAACCCAACUCAGGAUGCCCAUAAGAAAAUCAAGCGAAACCUGAGCCAAACCCUGGAACUGGAGUGCGCCUCCACAGCUGUUCCACUGGCCACGGUUCAGUGGUUCAAGGACGACAAGGAGUUGACCGAAUCGAAACUGAUGCACUUCCUGGAGAACAACUCCAAGCUGAUAAUCACACAUCUGUAUCCCGGGGAUGAAGGCGUUUACAGGUGUCUGGUGCAGAACCGAUUGGCCAGCAUCGAAAGAUCCUACACGCUGGACAUUUCGGAUCUGCCCGGCAUCAACUUGGCUUGGGUUUGGAUUAGCGCUAUAAUAUUCCUCAUCCUGAUCAGCCUGUCAGUCUUCCUGGGCAUUCGGUACAAAAUAGAGCAGAAGAAGAACCGUGAACUGGAGGCCACUGGCUUUUACAAUUUCAAAGAGGGUGCUCCGGAACGGAUUAAUAAGGACCUUCCCUUGGCCACCCAGGCAUUAAAUUUGCCCUACGACGAGAACUUCGAGUUUCCGGCAGAAAAGCUGAAGCUGGGCAAACUGCUGGGAGACGGAGCAUUUGGCGAGGUGUACAAGGGAGAGGCCAAGGGAAUCCUGGCGGGGGAACCCUCCACCGUAGUGGCGGUCAAGACGGUCAAGGGCAGCGAUCCCCAGUCGGUGAAAGCUCUAGUUUCCGAACUCAAGAUUAUGAUUCAUUUGGGCAAGCACUUGAACGUGGUCAAUCUCCUGGGAGCCUGCACCAAAAACAAUAUAGCGCGCGAUAUUAAGGUCAUUGUGGAGUACUGUCAUUAUGGUAAUGUUCAGAGAUUCCUGUUGAAGAACAGGAGUCGCUUCAUCAAUCAAAUCGAUCCCGAAACUGAUCGCAUCGACCCGAGCAUCAUGACCCAGCGCAAUUCCGACCAAAUUUACCUGCAGAGCAAUCAGAAUGGUGGUGGCGUGAACUAUAUCACAGUCGCCUUCCCUUCGACCUUGACCCAUCAGAGCACGUUGUACAACAAUAAUUCGCAACCUCCACCGCCAAUUCAACACAGAAACUGGGAAAAUGAUCCACGGUCGGGCACCCGAAGUGGACGCACAGGAUCCGGAUCCGCCGCCGACUACGACCGACAGAUGAACUCCUGCGCCACCAACAUGACCACCUUGCCGGAAGAUGAUUUUCAAACGUCCAAGAAUUCUGGUCAAACCAUCUGGCGAUCAAACUACGUCUCGGAGGCCAUGAUGGUAACCACAACUGACUUGGUCAGUUGGGCAUUUCAAGUAGCGCGGGGAAUGGACUACUUAUCAAGCAGGAAUGUGUUGCACGGCGAUCUGGCCACCAGAAAUAUUCUCCUCUGCGAAAAUAAUGUGGUUAAGAUUUGCGAUUUUGGUCUGUCUCGAACUAUGUACAUGGAUGAGUACCAUAAGACAGGGAAUAGCAAGCUGCCCGUCAAGUGGCUGGCGCUGGAGUCUCUUAGCAGCAAGAUCUUUAGCACUUACAGUGAUGUUUGGUCCUUCGGCGUUGUCCUUUGGGAGAUGUUCUCGCUAUCCAAGGUCCCGUAUCCAGCCAUAAAUUCCAAUCAGGAGCUGUUCAACAAACUGAACGAUGGUUAUCGAAUGGAAAAGCCGCAAUUCGCCAACAAAGUGCUUCACGAAAUAAUGCUAGAGUGCUGGCGAAAAAAUCCUGAAAGCAGACCAUUGUUCAAUGAGCUGGAGGAGCGUUUUGCCAGCAUGCUGGGCGAAGAUAUCUCCUCUCAAUACCUGGAACUAAAUGAACCGUACAUGCAGAGCAACAUCGAGUACAGGAAGGUCAACCCCAUGGAUUUCCUGGUGGAAAUGGGUUCUCCCACCGAGCAGGCGCCUGCACCUCCGCGCUUCGAUAGUAAAGUCGUAGUGCCUGAAAUCCGCAUCGACGAACCGACGGAUGGCUAUCUGCCAAUGAGCCCGGGCAACGGUGCCGAAGCCAAAACCGCCAUAUUCUCACCCACGCGCCUCGAAGGCGAGGCAUCUGACUUUCCCGACCUCUCAAGCGAAACCACUUUCAAUUUCCCAGGGGCGAGGCAAUCGCCUACGUUGAGCAACAACCUGAACAGCGCAUCGAAUAAGCCGCUGCUCAAGAAGAACGGCCUGCACAUGGUGGAUGCAGAGGAUCAGGCUCCGGAGGAGAUACCCAUGCUGCACCGCCAGUCCACCGGAUCCGAUGAGAGUCCGGAGCAGGGCAGGCGAUUCAAUCACGCCCUUCACCAGCAGCACGGCGCUCCAACGCCUUCACCCCGCCAUCACGUGGAGACGAAACUCAACGGCGAAUCCGCCGAACACUACGUAAAUGUGAAGCCGCCAAGAAAGAACAUACCCAGCAAAACCACAACUGGUGGUGGGGGUAGUGGUCCACCGGGCCCCACGGAAGCCUUCUCGAAUCCCGGCUACCAGCCUCUGUCCAUCGUCAACGAGAAGGAGCCGCGAAGAUUUUAGGAAGUCCCGGAGCCAUUUGUUUUAGUUCAGGACUUCUAGCCAGCUCAGUUGGUCUUUUAAAUGGAAAUUAUUAAUCAAAAAUGUAAUCUACAUUAACUUAAGUGUAAUUUAAACUGUCAUAGCUGCACGAUAACUUAAAGAAAAUUAUUAAAAUUUCAACUGAACUGUUCGGAAGUCUUUAAAAGCAAUAUCACUUGGUGAUAUUGUCAAGAUUCUGAUAAGCUAGUUAAGCUCGUUUUUAAGCUAGAUCAUACACACUCAAUCCAUGUUAUAUACUAUUAAACCAUUUCAUGUUUUCAUUUAGUGUAGGUCUAAGCCGAAUAAACUAUUAUUGUAACUGUUUGUCUUGUACUGAAAAAGGGAUCUACAAUGGGAAUAAUAACAAUAAAAAUUACCAUGGACAACUUUA